AAUUUUUUCGGCCUCAAGCGAGGAAAGCAAAAAUGCUCGAAAGCAACUUAAAUUUUCCGGUUUUUCCGCUAUCCCUGCUAGAUGACAGUGAACACCAGCCCCAACGAUGUUAUUUGCCGGCAGAAAAGGGCGUGCUGGAGACAGGAUGGUGCCGCUGCCGCCUUUCCGAUGGCAGCUACUCCGUUUGUUGGGUUACAACGCGUGCCGGCAGUGAGACUUGUAGCUUCCUAGAUGGUAUUGUGGCCUCCUCAGCCCGAUUUUCGCCUUUUAAUCAGCGGUUGGUGCAAUUGGAGCCCUUGAAAUUGGUUUCUAGUAUGGAGAAAAUUCCCUGCGUAGUCACGGUCACCGAGGUGCUACUGCAACGCCCUCAAGUUGCGCUGGAGGAUCUGCGGGACGAUGUGCGGGUGUUCCUACGCCACCUGAAGCUCACCAGAGGUUGCUCCGUUCAGCAUCGGCGACUUGCAAAGUUGGGGAUCUCUAGUGUUGAGAUAUUCGAUGGUCCAGAAGUCUUCCCAGAUGAGUGCUUUGAAAUAGCACGCGAUGCGCAGGUGCUCCUGGUAGACACACGUUUAGCGACGCCUUAUCCUUUAGUUUGCACCUCGCGGUACGUGCCGCACAGCUUUCAGCAGCCAAUGGAGGCCUUGGAGCAACUGGUAGAGACCUCCAAGCGCGACUUCACUUACCGAUUUCCCACUACAGCCUUGCUUGUGGGGCCAGUGGGCUGUGGCAAGAGUCGCCUGCUGGGAGAGUUCCUGCGUCGUCACAGCUGCAACUGCUUUUACAUCACCGCUAGCCAGGUGAUGCGUUCAUAUCCUGGGGAAACGGAAGAGGAGCUGCGAAGAAUCUUCCUGGCGGCAGAAACAUUCAAGGAACAGCUGUGUCCGCUAUUGCCCAUUGUGAUACUCAUCGAAGAUCUAGAGCUGCUCUGCCCCUCGACGAGCUCCGCGGAUGCCAAAGACGCUAGCAACUCGCUACGUAUUUCCGCACAGCUAUACAAACUAAUUGAUGCACUGCCACAGGGCAUUAUUUGUGUGGCCACCUCUGCAUUUCCUGGCUCCUUGCACGAGCACGCUCGACGACGCUUUGUGCGGGAAAUCUCCAUCGAAAUGCCCAGUGAAGAGCAGCGCAGACAGAUUGUGAGGGAUCUCUGCCAAGAGCAGGGGCUGCAAACCUCUGAAUUACUACUCGAUCACAUAGCCAGGAACACUCAGGGAUAUGUGAUUGCCGAUCUAACACUCCUUCUGCGACGCGUGCAGCAGGAAUGGCUGACCAAAGCGGACAUCUGUUCCACCGUAGAUCAAAUCUUUCGCCAAUCAUUGCUCCAAACGCAGCCAAGUGCCUCCCGCGCCACGGAUGUGCAAGUGUCCAAGAUGACAACGGGAUUCGAAUUAAUUGGAGGAAUGGAAUCUCUGAAGCGCACACUGCAAGUUUCCGUUUUGGCGGGUCUUCGACAAAGUACGGCAUUCGCUCGAUUCGGUUUGAGCUUGCCCAAGGGAGUGCUGCUCUAUGGACCACCGGGGUGCGCCAAGACCACCAUAGCCAAGUGCCUGGCCAGGGAAGCGAACAUGACAUUCAUUGCCACCUCGGCUGCGGAGGUUUACUCUCCAUACGUCGGCUGUGCAGAGAGAUUUAUAUCAAGGAUAUUUGACACGGCCCGCAAGAAUGCGCCUUGUUUGAUAUUCUUGGACGAGAUUGAUUCCCUUGUUGGCAGAAGAACAGUCUCGAGUGGCGGCGGUGGUGGCCAAGUUCAGCUAAGGAUUCUUUCCACGCUGCUUACUGAAAUGGAUGGAAUCGUAGGCGGCGGCAGCCAGCAGCACAUACUAGUUGUAGCGGCCACUAACCGUCCGGAUAUGAUUGACGACGCCCUGAUGCGACCCGGACGCUUUGAUAAGCUCAUCCAUGUCCCGGCUCCAGAUGCAGAAUCACGAUUAGCACUGCUUCGGCUUCACGCCCAGCGGAUGCCCUUCCAUGGUGAUGUGGAUCUUGAGGUCAUAUCCUCCCUCACCGAACGCUAUUCCGGAGCGGAUCUGUGCAAUCUGUGCAACGAGGCGGCUAUUGAGGCAUUCCAACGGGAUUUCGAGGCUACCGAAAUCAAGUGGCAGGACUUUGAGAAGGUCCUCGCCAAGCAGAAGUCCUCGCUGACACAGAGUCAAAUCGAUAGCUACUAUAGGUUUGCCUACAGGUUUUUGUAAA